CACUUAUUUUAUGUAUGUACUGUUUGCGCGUCUGACUGCGCGUUUGGCUUUGAGAAGGUGUUUGACUCUCUCUCCUACGUCCUUCUUUUGGUGUGAGAGAGACAUCGUUGUAGCUGGCUUCUUCUUCUUCUUCUUCUUCUUCUUCUUCUUCUUCUUCUUCUUCUUCUUCGAUCGUUCUUUCUGGCUGUAGUUAUUGUUUUCCCCAUAUUGCUUCGUUUCCGGCUUGCUCUUUCCUCCACGCUACGCCACAUUAAGUGCCUUGCUGCCUUCUCCUUUAUCUCCCAUCCCUCACAUCCCAAUCCGUUUUUCCAACACAGCUCUUAAGAGACAAGUCUCCAUACAACCGAGUGUUAUAGCGAAGGAACAGAAACUACACACAAACGCACAUCAUGCCUACCUCACCACAAACCCACCCACUCCUCACCCGGGACCACUACGAAACCAAAAACACCCUCUCCAUCUUCCACGAUGAAUCGCAAAAACGCGGCUUCAUCAUCGUCAUCGUCCUCAGCGUCUUCGCCACCGUCGGCAUGCUAGCUCUCAUCUUCCUGCUCAUCUUCCUCAAGAGGAAGCGCGACCGCCGUAACAAGGCCACGAAAAUGGAUGCGGAGAAGGGCUCGAUUUGGCCGGGGACGAAGAAGGGAAAAUACCAGAAGGUUGAAGAUGAAGAUCAGAAAGAUGGGGUUUGGAGUGCGGAUAUGGAGUUGGAUGAGAGGGGCGCGUAUAGUGGGGCUGGCUAUGGCGAGGGUGUGGGCAAGGAGCCGUAUAGACCGGCUGAUUCGCAUGCCUCGAAGUGAGCGAGGUGCUCGUGGAUACUAUAGACUUUUUUGGGCUUUCCAUUGUAUAUUUUCUGGGGCUUUUUUUCAGCGAAGCAUAUGGGUGGGAUGGCAAGACAUUUCUACGGAGUUCUCGUUUCAUAUAUACUCAAGUGGCGGGGGUAACUGGUUUUAGUUUUUUUUAUCGUUGCUGAGUUGUUGUCUUUGAGGUUGGCGCAGCCGCGACUUCGAGAAGCACUCGGAAAUGUUGUCCUCCAUGUAGGAAUAAGAGAAGAGAUAUUGUAAGAACUAAGUCAUAGUUUGCGAGAUGCUGUGGUGUUUGGUCACUAGACCGAAGUUUUGAGAUGGUUGCAAGAAUAAUUGUGUAUACUGCCGGUCUGCUUAAUUUGCUGAGACUUGCCCAUCGG